UGUAUGUAUGUGUGUGUGUGUGUGGUGUAUGUGUGUGUGAAUGAGCUACAAAUGAACUGAAAUGAUAAGCCACUUCAAUGACAAACAGGCAGGUAUUUGUUCUAUUACUAUGGUAUACAUUCAUGUAUUUAGGUCAGUGAUACAUGUGAUUAUAACCAAUACAAUUCAUAUUAAAAUACUGUUCAAAAAAUCAUAUAAAAAAGAGUUUCUCUAUAAUAGAAGAACAAAACAAAACAAGAAGAUAGAUAGUGUGUAAAGCUUAGAUUACCUCAUUGUGUAUUACCUAAGUGUUACGUAACUUCUAAUUAGAUCCCAGUUAAUACUGAUUACAAUUAAACAAUGCGUGAAUGUAUUAGUUUACAUAUUGGUCAAGCUGGUGUACAAAUGGGUAAUGCAUGUUGGGAAUUAUAUUGUCUUGAACAUGGUAUACAACCAAAUGGUCAUAUGAUAAAUCAUCAAACAAAGGAAAAAUUAGAUGGUGCAUUUAAUACAUUUUUUACUGAAAUGACAUCUGGAAAACAUGUACCUCGUGCAAUAUUCGUCGACUUAGAACCAAAUGUUGUAGAUGAAGUACGAUGUGGAACAUAUAAACAAUUAUUUCAUCCAGAACAAUUAAUAACUGGUAAAGAGGAUGCAGCUAAUAAUUAUGCACGUGGUCAUUAUACAGUUGGUAAAGAAAUUAUUGAUUUAGUAUUAGAACGUGUACGUAAAUCAGCGGAUCAAUGUACUGGAUUACAAGGUUUUUUAAUCUUUCAUUCAUUUGGUGGUGGUACCGGUUCUGGAUUUACAUCAUUAUUAAUGGAACGUUUAAGUGUUGAAUAUGGUAAACGAUCUAAAUUAGAAUUUGCUAUUUAUCCAGCACCACAAAUUGCAACAGCUAUAGUUGAACCAUAUAAUUCUAUAUUAACAACACAUACAACAUUAGAACAUUCAGAUUGUGCUUUUAUGGUUGACAACGAGGCUAUUUAUGAUAUAUGUCGAAAGAAUUUAGGUAUUGGACAUCCUACAUAUACUAAUUUAAAUCGAUUAAUAGCACAAAUAGUUAGUUCUAUUACAGCAUCAUUACGGUUUGAUGGUGCAUUAAAUGUAGAUUUGACGGAAUUUCAAACCAAUUUAGUACCAUAUCCUCGUAUACACUUUCCUCUUGCUACAUAUGCACCAAUUAUAUCAGCUGAAAAAGCAUUUCAUGAACAAUUGAGUGUUGCUGAAAUUACAAAUUCAUGUUUUGAAACUGGUAAUCAAAUGGUUAAAUGUGAUCCUAGAACUGGUAAAUAUAUGGCAUGUUGUUUAUUAUAUCGUGGUGAUGUUGUCCCCAAGGAUGUUAAUGCUGCUAUAGCAAAUAUUAAAACUAAAAAAUCGAUACAAUUUGUUGAUUGGUGUCCAACAGGUUUCAAGGUUGGUAUUAAUUAUCAACCACCAACAGCUGUACCUGGUGGUGAUUUAGCUAAAGUUCAACGUGCUGUAUGUAUGUUAAGUAAUACAACUGCAAUUGCUGAAGCAUGGGCACGUUUAGAUCGUAAAUUUGAUUUAAUGUAUGCUAAACGUGCAUUUGUACAUUGGUAUGUUGGUGAAGGUAUGGAAGAAGGUGAAUUUACUGAAGCUCGAGAAGAUACUGCUGCAUUAGAAAAAGAUUAUGCUGAAGUUGGAUGUGAUACAAUUAUGUUAGAUGAAGAUGAUGAAGAACAAGAAUUUUGAAAAAAAUAUCGAUUCAUUAAAGAAGUUAACUUUGAGUUUUGUUUUGUUGCUCAAAUCUAAUUUAGUACAUUAUUAUUAUUAUUACUAUUGUUACCAUGACUACUAUAUUUUGUUUUUUUAUUCUUCAAUCAUUAUUAGUAUUACUAUUAUUAGUAGUAUUAUUGUUGUAUACAUUGAAGAAGUAACAAAAUUACAUUUUGUAAAACCGAUAACACGUGAUUGUAUCCGUCUUAGU